AUAAUAAAAUACCAACGUUAGAUAAGAUAAGAUAAUACAUGCUUUAAAAAUUAAUAAUGAACAACGUUAAAUCAAUUUUUAACGAAGCUUUAGCCAAUCUAGAUUUGCUUGAUGAACAUAAUUUGCCAGAUGAUCAACCUCAUAUUGAAGGCAAAGAUAGUUUAUUAUCAUUUAAUGUUUCCCUAGACAAUGAUUUUUGUGAUAUAUUGAUGUAUUCAAAUAUCACUAAUAAAUAUUGUGAAGAAUGUUCAUAUAUGAAUGAUCUCAUUCAGAUUAUAAAUGAAGGUAAGGAAUUUUGUGUUAUGCUGUAUACCUGGAGAUGCUGUUCUAGGGCUAUACCACAGCCAAAAUCAAAUGAACAGCCCAACAGGGUAGAAAUUUACGAAAAAACUGUUGAAGUAUUAGCACCAGAGGUCAAUAAGUUGCUAAAAUUUAUGUAUUUUUGUAGAAAAGCAAUAGAAAGUUUUGUUAAUGAAAUUAGAAGAGUGUGUUCAUGUGAAAAGCGUAGACCCUUCUUAAAUGAUUCCUACCUUUUAACAUUAGGAAAAAUACUUGAGAUGUUUAUGAAUCUUGAUGAAUUAAAGAAUAUGAAAUCCAGUAUAAAAAAUGACUAUUCAGCAUAUCGAAGAGCUGCACAAUUUUUAAAAGUAAUGCAUAACUCAGAGGCUUUACAAGAAUCACAAAAUUUAUCCAUGUUUUUAGCCAAUCAAAAUAAAAUAAGGAUGACUUUAAAAGCUAACUUAGAAAGUGUUGACUAUUUUGAAGAUAUUUUUUAUGAAAUUAUAAAAUCAUGCUUAAAUGCUUAUGAAAAAGGCUUCUUUGUCACCCCAGCUGAAAAGCAUCUUUUGAUCAAAGUUAUAUCAUUUUCCAUAAACCUGUUAGACAGUGAUCGUCACAACAUUUAUAAUCCCAAGCAUUCGGCUCAUUCCAAUAAUCGUUUGGGUCACCUGAAUCUAAACUCCCUUGACCUCUCCAUUUCGAGCACUCUAAAAUCUUCGAAAAUGUUGAGCGGAUCGCAGGCGCAUACCACCAAAUCUCGUAAUGGCUCAUCAACCCUCAACAGUCUCAGCCUGAUAGACACCAGGUCGGGACCUGGUAAAAAGAAGAAUGAUCUGAAAUCUUACAACUCUUCUUUCAGCGGAGGCUCGGCCCCGGCUCACCUAGCCCCUUUACCCUUCACCAAACUCGAUAAAAUACUGGGUUACGGACCGAAGUUCAUGCCUAUAUACAUAGCUGGUCAAGAUGUUGGUAGUUUGCUCGUAUCUGCCAAUUAUAUCCGUUUUGCCACCGACAUGCAAAUAUGUCCAUUCACUUCCUACAUCACCAAAACGCCCAACUACGAUAGUUCAAAAUGGCCUGUAUCAUCUUGUCCUACUCCGCAAGGGCCCACCUCGAGGUCGCCCAUAGGAAGUCAGCCUAAGAAUGAUGGGAUUGGGAGAAAUCAAGAGCUCUUAGGGACAGUAGAUAUCGAUAACACUACAGAACCUUCUCAUCAAUGCGAAACUUCUAUGGGCCUCGCAAACGUGCAUUGCGACAUGGGGACCUCGAUGGAUAACACCUUGAUGGAUGGCAACAAGAGGAGUCGCAAAAUCUCGAGACAUCCACUCCUUUCUCAAAUUCCUCAAAAUUUGGCUUUAAAUAAUGCCACGAACGAAGCCUUGUCGGGAAGUGGUAACAUCAGCAAAAAAUGCGAAAAUAUAAGCGUGGGAAGCUUAUUCAACGCUCUCAACUCUUUUUUUGUCUCGUCCAAUCACAGCACUCACCGACAAUUCUGCAAAACGCUUUUGACCGAAUUGACCCUGGCCAGGGAAAUGUAUACUUCCUACGCUUACCAAUUGUCCAUCCACAUCAACGAGGCUUCGCUUUGUCAAAAUCAAAGAAAUUUGACCGAUGCUCAAAACAAGGAAAUCAAGGAUUUAGCUUUGAAGGGUUUGCUUCUUUUGGCUCAUUGGAACUGCGUUAUCAGCGAAACGCAUUCAUCCAAGUUGAUGAACCCUACCGAUUCCAAUAAGAAUAAGGACUGCCCGCCCAAUGCCGAAGAUUACGAAAGAGCGAUAAAGUUCAAUUACAGUUCAGACGAGAAAUCCGCUUUGAUUGAGAUGAUCACAUUGGUCAAAAGUUUGCAAUCAUUGCUCUCCAAGGCGAAUCCCCUCUUCCGAGAGAGCAUAAUGAGGAACGUGUACGCCGAGUUGCAAGACCUGGUUCAGCUUAACGUGCGGGAAGCUCUGAGGAAAGCGAUCAAAAACAAGAAAGAGUCCAUAAAAAAUAUAUUGUUAGCCGUGAGGGAGACCUGUAUGGAAGUUCCGCUGAAUUAUGAUUUUUCCGAUGAUCCCAUGUAUAAAGGUAAGAAAGAUAAUCAUCAGGACUCGAAUUUUGAAGUGACCGUACCCAGAAAAGCAAUACCACCAUCCCAUACCCAGCUGUACAUAGUUCGCGCUCUUUUCGAGAUGUUAGUCUCCGAUAAUUAUCCACCCGGUACGAAGAAGUCACUCAAAAAGGAUUUGGAUUCCAACACGGUUAGCGCCGUUGAAAACUUCCUCAAAAAUUCUUACUUCUGGGGACACCUCUUGAAUUUUAACGACGUAAUGGCGCAAUGCUCUGACCUGGCCUAUUUUUGGUAUCGCGAAUUCUACUUAGAAAUGACGAUGGGAAAACGCGUCCAGUUUCCCAUUGAUAUGUCUGGCCCUUGGAUAUUGAUCAACUGCAUCUUGCGUUCCAAAAAGCCAGCUUCAAUAGAAUCUCUCUUUUACGUAUUGGACUUGUAUAAUGAUAGCGCCCAAUUUAGCUUGGAACAUCUGAAAAAACGCCAUUUGUACGACGAGAUUGAGGCGGAGGUUAAUCUUUGUUUCGAUCAAUUGGUUUAUCAACUAAGCGAGCAAAUAUUUUCUUACCACAAGCAAUUGGCCUCAUGCAUAUUAUUGGAUAAGCGAUUCAACGAAGAAUUUUCCGCUUACGGAAACAGAAUCACCUUUCCGCCCUCUCAUAGAUACCACGUUUUAUUGAAGCAAAGGCAUAUACAGCUGCUGGGAAGAUGGGUAGACUUGAACAGGCUUCUGAAUCAGAGGAUUUACUUGUGCUUCAAGAAAUCCCUAAGAAUCGCAAUCUCGACUCUAGAAUCGAACGACAUAACCGGCAUUAUCGAAUUCGAUACUUUGAUCGAGAUAAACAAGUUGGCCUACAAUUCCCUUUCUCGUUACCUGAUUUUGCCCGAUUUCGAUGACAUCCUUUCGGAAGUCAACCGACAAAAUACCGAUACAAAUUAUACUAACUUCGAGGGCAUCGAAGCUGACAUCGUAACGAAUCACGUGCUUUGUGAGCUCUUCAACGAUUUCUUGGUCAAUUAUUGUUACAACUCCACUACCAAUAGAUUCGUGAAAACGAAAGAAAUCAAUUUUUCGCCUUGUAAUUUCGCCAGGAAAAAGCCUAGCCAGAUACCCUCCCAAGCUUAUCUUUGGGGAUCGAAGGCCCUGAAUUCGGCGUACAACUACAUAUUUUAUCCGUACAAAAGUUUUUUGGGAACUAUUCACGUCAAAUUGCUCUGCACUUACUUGGGUUACAGGGGCCUGGCUUUGGUGUUCCAGGAGUUGCUUAAACGGAUCAAAGACUUGAUGACGGGCGAAUUACUGGAACACGUGACGGCGUUGAUGAGGCUGAUGCCUAAGCAAUCUAAGCUUUUGCGUUACGAUUACGGAUCGGCUGGUAUUUUGGCUUACUACCAAGCCCAGCUGAAAGAAAUCCUAAAGUACCCCAACCUGAAAACCGGAACUUUUCAAUUAUUUAGGGAGAUCGGUAACUGUCUCCUCUUCGCUUUGUGUUUGGAAAAGAAUUUGUUCGAAGAGGAAACGAUAGAUUUGUUACAAGCCUCCAUCUUUCAAAACGUUAUACCUAGACCUUAUUGCCCCGAGGGUGAAAAGAUUGAACAAAAAUUGAAGCUUCUGGAAUCAAAAUGCAAUGCCCUAAAUAUCGCGAUAAACGUGGAGAAUUUUGGAUCCGCUAAACAAACUCAUAUAGCCAAGGAGAGCGAUUUACUCACCAAGGAACGUCUAUGUUGUGGUCUUUCCUUGUUUCAAACGAUGUUGCUCAAGAUAUGCCGUUUCUUCCAAGAUGCAAAAACAGAUGACGGUAUUAACGUUUGGACUGGUUCUGAGCCCCUUAACACGAGGUUCGAUACCUGCACUGAAUUUCACAGACUAUGGAGCGCGUUGCAGUUUGUGUAUUGUCUACCCCUGGGGGAAAACGAAUUUACUAUUGAACAAUUGUAUGGAGAAAGUAUUAAUUUGGCCGGGUGCGCGUUCAUCUACCUUUUGAAUCAACAAAACCGGUUCGAAACGCUUGAUUUUUCUUAUCAUCUGCUCAAAGUGCAACGAGUCGAUAACCGCGAGGACAAGAAGAACGGCGUUAAUUUGAAGAGGAUGGCAGACAGAAUACGAAAAUUUCAGGUGCUGAAUAGCCAAAUUUUUUCUACACUCGGCAGGUAUUUGGAUCAGCCUACUCUACGCAACGCUUACGAAGAAGGGCGGAACGAUAGCGAAUCUAACGUGGACGGCCAGGACAAACCUCCUUCGCGAGAUAACGAUCCAUUAUGGGAUAACGGCGACCACGCCUCUUCCACCAUGAUUGAGCAUAUAAAAUUCUUUUCACCUCCUAUACACGAACUAGCUCUACAAAAUAUGAUCUGAAAAACGAUUUUUAUAUUUUAUCUUCAUAAAUUUGAAUUUUAUAAAGAUUUGGCCGCCUACUUGCUCUUCUUGUUUCAUUUUUUUCUGGAAAAAUCUAAGUAGCUGAAUGCGGUGCUUAGUAUUUUAAAGAAAAAAUUAAUACAUAUAUUUAGAGCUUAUUUUAAAGUUAUUAUAUCACUUAACGUCGAAUCUUUAAUUAAAAAGAAAUAAAGAACCAAAAAAUUAAGGGAAUGGUAUCCCUAGUAGAAACAAAAAUUUAGACGAAUCAGAAGUGAAGCUAAAAUUGACUCAUAUUUUUCGUUUAGACUUGAUAUGUAAAUCGUUGCUUUUAUACAUUGUAACUAAAUUUUUAAAAUAUAUCUCCGAAUCUUUUAAAAUAAAAAUAUCCAAGUUUUUUUCGAAUCUGAUUUACUUCGACGACAUAAUUACCACACUCAGUACAUAUAUUUUUAUUCGUAUAAUUUUAUAUAAGCUUAUUUAUCUUGUAAUAAAA